AUGGAAAAUAAUAACUCACCAUUUGGUAAAAUAGGUGUUGACGGUUAUUGUGGGCCCACAAGUGGACCAAAUUGUCCAACAUGUCGCCAAUAUGGCGGUGAACAAUCAAAAUAUAACGAUAAAGGAAGGUUAGCUAAACAAGGUGAAACAGGUUUAUUCUAUUGUGGAACGAAAUCUGUGGAACAACUGACAGACGAAGGAACAUACAAGUACAUCGAGUGCGGACCAUAUAAUGGUCCUAAUUGUAUAUCUUGUGCUAAACUGCUUCAUUAA